GGUGAGCAGGGUGAGCGGGAGCAGCCGCCGCGGCGGCCGUCUCGGUAGCCUCCUUCGCCGUGCGGGAGCCCUCUGGUGAGCAGGUCCUCGCAGACCCGAAGACUCUUCGCCCCCCUGCGGGCUGCGCACUCAGUGGUCUUAGGGCCGGCGCUGCUGGGGUCCGCCCCCUUCGCUGGCCACGUGACCCAAGUUCCGUAACCCCUGACCUCCUCCACCCCACUGCACCUUACCACUUAAGUGAUGGGGAAGCAGAAAAUUCGGGAUUAUCCAUUGGCGGGUCUCCAGCACCAAGUCUUCGGGCUGGGAAUCCAGGCCUUGUUCCCCGGCACAGCCCGCCACUGCUGAUGCCAGUGUUUAUUGAGGGCGUAUUAUGUGCUGACACCGUGCGGGACGCUGGGGAUGCAAAGCUCCAUCAGCGUCAUGUCGGAGCGGGAAGAGCGGCGGUUUGUGGAGAUCCCCCGGGAAUCGGUCCGGCUCAUGGCGGAGAGCACAGGCCUGGAGCUGAGCGAUGAGGUGGCGGCCCUGCUCGCGGAGGAUGUGUGCUACCGGCUCAGGGAGGCCACCCAGAAUAGCUCUCAAUUCAUGAAACACACCAAGCGGCGGAAGCUGACCGUUGAGGAUUUCAACAGGGCCCUCCGAUGGAGCAGUGUGGAGGCUGUGUGUGGUUACGGAUCCCAGGAGGUGCUGCCCUUGCGCCCUGCCAGAGAGGGUGAGCUUUACUUUCCUGAGGACCGAGAAGUGAACCUGGUGGAGCUGGCCCUGGCCACCAACAUCCCAAAAGGCUGUGCCGAGACAGCUGUGAGAGUUCACGUCUCCUACCUGGACGGCAAAGGGAACCUGGCACCGCAGGGAUCAGUGCCCAGCGCUGUGUCUUCGCUGACUGAUGACCUUCUCAAGUACUACCAGCAGGUGACUCGGGCUGUGCUGGGGGAUGAUCCACAGCUGAUGAAGAUUGCUCUCCAGGAUCUGCAGACAAACUCCAAGAUUGCAGCACUCCUGCCUUACUUUGUCUACGUGGUCAGUGGGGUAAAAUCUGUAAGCCACGACCUGGAGCAGCUGCAUCGGCUCUUGCAAGUAGCCCGGAGCCUGGUUCGGAACCCCCACCUCUGCCUGGGGCCCUAUGUUCGCUCCCUUGUAGGCAGCGUCCUCUACUGUGUCCUGGAGCCAUUGGCUGCCUCCAUCAACCCUCUGAAUGACCACUGGACUCUUCGGGAUGGUGCUGCCCUCCUGCUCAGCCACAUCUUCUGGACUCAUGGGGAUCUUGUGAGUGGCCUGUAUCAGCAGAUCCUGCUCUCCCUGCAGAAGGUCCUGGCAGACCCCGUGCGGCCUCUCUGCUCUCACUACGGGGCUGUGGUGGGGCUGCAUGCCCUUGGCUGGAAGGCAGUGGAACGAGUCCUGUACCCACACCUGUCCACUUACUGGACAAAUCUGCAGGCUGUGCUAGAUGAUUAUUCCGUCUCUAACGCCCAGGUUAAAGCAGAUGGGCACAAGGUUUAUGGAGCCAUUCUGGUGGCUGUAGAGCGACUGUUGAAGAUGAAGGCCCAGGCGGCAGAGCCCAACAAGGGAGGCCCAAGCGGCAGGGGGUUCCGGAGCUCAGACGACCUGCCCUGGGACAGCCUGCUCCUGCAGGAGUCUCCCUCCGGAGGCAGUGCGGAGCCAGGCUUUGGGUCUGUGCACCCGCUACCGCCAGGAGGCGCGGGGCCGGAGGAUCCUUCCCCCUCAGUGACUCUGGCGGACAUCUACCAGGAGCUGUACGCUUUCUUCGGGGACAGCUUGGCUACCCGCUUUGGCACGGGUCAGCCGACACCUACCACUCUGCGGCCGCCCGGGGACAAGAAGGAGCCGGCGGCCGCCCCGGACUCGGUGCGGAAGAUGCCACAGCUGACGGCCAACGCCAUGGUCAGCCCGCAGGGCGACGAGAGCCCCCGCGGCGGCGGCCCCGCGUCCGCCUCUGCGCCCGCCGCCUCCGAGAGCCGGCCGCUUCCGCGCGUGCACCGGGCGCGGGGGGCGCCCCGGCAGCAGGGGCCCGGCGCCGGCACGCGUGACGUCUUCCAGAAGAGCCGCUUCGCCCCGCGCGGCGCCCCUUAUUUCCGUUUUAUUAUUGCGGGGCGGCAGGCCGGGAGGCGGUGCCGCGGGCGUCUCUUCCAGACCGCCUUCCCCGUGCCGUACGGGCCCAGCCCGGCCUCCCGCUACGUGCAGAAGCUUCCCAUGAUCGGCCGCACCGGCCGCCCGGCCCGCCGCUGGGCGCUCUCGGACUAUUCGCUGUACCUUCCGCUCUAAAGCGGGGGCCUCUUGUGUGAAUAAAGCCCGGUGCCGGAA